AUGGAAUUCAAUUGCAAUAGUAAAUCGUAUGAUCCAAAAACACGACAAUGCAGUGAGCGCAGUGUAAGCAACAAAUUUGGACCAAGUGGAGACGAGUGUGUUCACAAGACAAAUGUACUCUCAAUUAUACUUCCAAUCAUUUUUGGUAUUUUUAUAGUUGUUAUUAUUAUAACAAUAAGUUGUAUACUUUUUUGUAUUCAUUACAGAAAAGAAGAGAAGUUAAGGAAGUCACUUGUCAAAGAAUUUUUGUUGAAAGAUUUAAAAAAGAAAGAAGUUGAUAUCAUAUAUAUUGGCACUCAAAAAACGCAUUUUGAAGGCGAAAUUGCAGUUCAGAAAGACGGCGAAUGCAAAUUUAUGAUUGGCAACGACAGAACGUCUUUAUUGAAAAUUCAAUUCACAACACAAAAUGACAAGGAAAAGUUUGAGUUGAAUGUUAAACCUUCCAUACCAGUGAGUAUCAAGAAAGGUCGUGCUGUUGAAUUUACUGUUGCUGUCCAUCCGCUGUGUACACUUUAA